CCGUCGAUGUUCUGCCACUCGAGUGCCGGUGGCUCAAGCUAACUUCUUUGUAUCUUCGCAUCAAAGCCCUUUCCUUCAAGCUUCGUAGCAUCGACUCCGUAUUGGGCUUCAUGUCUGGUCGCGAUGUCAAUCUGUCGUCCGAGAGCGGCUACGCGCGCCGCCGGAAGCUGUUGCUCACACUGACAAAGGAACUACGAGCUAUUGGGGCACAUGCGCAUUUGGAUCUACCGCGCAUCGUCGUCAUUGGUAAUCAAAGUGCGGGCAAAUCCAGCUUGAUAGAAGCCAUAUCCGGGAUUAAAGUGCCACGCGAUGCGGGCACAUGCACUCGUUGUCCGAUGGAAUGCCGACUUCUAUCAUCGGACAAACCAUGGUCGUGUCAAAUAUCCAUACGGUGGGAGGUUCAUUCGGAUGGCAGACGCAGGAACAACGUCGAGGAGGUUCCUUUUGGCGCCGUACUGACAGAGAAAGCCGAAGUUGAAAUGAUGCUCAGGCGUGCUCAAGCCGCCGUGUUGAAUGCUGAAAUACCCCCGAGUCGAUUUCUCGUCAUGGAUACAGCCAAACUAAACGACGUGCAACCUCAAGGUUCCUCAAAUUCUGUACCGUUCUCUCAAAACGUAGUCUGCGUCGACAUCUCGGGUCCCGACCUAACUGAUCUGUCCUUUGUUGACCUCCCCGGAAUCAUACAGAAUGCUGACCAGAAUGUUGUUCUCUCUGUUGAGCGCAUGGUUCGGACAUACAUAUCUGGCACAUGCUUGAUCGUGGUUGCAUUGCCUAUGAGUGAUGAUAUCGAGAAUCAACGAGCUCUCAGACUUGCUCGUGAGGCGGACCGGGACGGUUCGCGAACAAUAGGCGUGAUGACCAAACCUGAUACCCUCGGCGCCGGCUCUAUCAAGGCAAAACAGCUUUGGCUCGACAUCCUUGAAGGGCGAGCUCAAUCGCAUCGUCUUCGCCACGGCUACUACUGUACACGCCAGCCCGACGAUGCAGAACGCUCUGCUGGAAUCACAUUUGCAGAGGCACGUGAAGCAGAGGUGCAAUUUUUCGCGGACAUGGCACCGUGGAACACCUCUGUGGAACAGAAACGUUUCGGGACUAACAACCUAGUGAGGUAUCUUAGCGGCAUGUUGACCGACAUCAUCAAUAGCGUUAUACCUAAGCUCCAACGGGAUGUCGACGAUAAGCUCGCUGCCUGCUACACGGAACUGAAGAGCAUGCCACAGCAGAUAACCGGCGAACAGACGUCAUACGUGCUCCGCCUUCUCACAUUGUUCUAUCGGGACGUUCACUCAUACGUUGAUGGCGGACCACGUACCGAGUGCCUAGUACAGAAGAAUAGGCAGGAAUACGAGAACCUCAAGCGUGCCAUCCACUCGACCGCUCCAAGAUUUAUACCGUUGUUGUCGGCCGAGGAUGCACCUGCGAAUUCAAGUUCCGACCCCCGCCGACUAGUCAAUGUAGACAGUGAAGAUGAGGAACCAACAAAGACAGACACGGAUCAUGGGACGCGUACCGAAGCCAUGUAUUUGAGCGAUAUGCGCCUCCACAUCCAGAGAUCCACGACGCGCGAGCUCCCAUUCAACGUUCCGUAUCCCGCGAAGACGGCACUCAUUAGAUCCUUUCAAGCAACAUGGGAGCAAGCAAGCAUAGAUUGCUUCGAGCGCAUUCAGAGGUAUUUCAGAUACAUACUUUCGCAGCUGAUACGUUCGCGAUUUGGACGUUUCAAGAAACUCGAAAGCACGGUUGACGCCGCUAUCACGGAUUUACUAGGUGCUCGCCGCACUGCGACACUCGAGCAGAUCGUAACCCUGCUCAAGUUUGAGAGUACGCCCUUCACCCAGAAUACCCAUUAUCUAUCAGAUACGACGGCAAAGACGCUCGCGCGUUACAAGGACAUACGUGAGGGUAAGAUUCGCAAUGAUGUGCAUCGCUUGCCCGGGGUCGACUUAGCUCCUCUGGGGAACCCAUCCGAUGCCGAGGGGAACCACAUACCUGGAAAUCCGUUCGCACAGCUUGUGCCAAAACCUACAAGUUAUCUGUCCCAUCCACUGCGGCCGAGUACUCCGAUCCCGGCUAGGGUGAACUUUGGUGGGGAUCUGGCGGCUGCUGCCAACAGACCCGAAGCAGGUAACUCCGUUCCUUCGCUGUUGUCCGUGAACAGGCAAGGGCAUCCUCAAGGCAGGUCAGUAGACCUGGAAGGGCAGUCUGCGCAUGGACAUCCGACAACAGCCGCCAAUUUCAAGUCGCCAGUGCAAGCGACUUCUGCCCAAGAAUUCGCACGAACUGCAUUCCACUUCGGUGAUGGGGGCAGUGGCGCGACCCUGUUCGGAGUGACUUCCGAGACCUCUAAAUCCAAACCUUCAGUGUGUGGUCCGUCUCCAGGAUUUGUCGGAUUCAGUCCAAAAUCAAGUGCAAGCGGGACGGUAUUUGGCGCCCCUGGCUCUCAGCGACCGCCGAUUUCAUCGGCUCUUUUCUCCUCUGACGGUCCUGAGCGGGUACGACUGGAAGCGGAGGCUCUUUCGGCAUUGGCGAAGCUAGGCUACACUGGACUUACUGCGGAUGAUUUGGGAAAGCUCCAUCCGCCCGACGAGUAUGAGGAAGAACUGAACGUCAUGGCGGAAGUGCGAGCCUACUUUCAGGUCUCUUACAAGCGCAUCAUCGACUACAUCCCUCUUGCCAUCGACCAUACGUUCCUCUUCGCUUUUGCUGAAGCUCUACAACCGCAUCUCAUCGAGGACCUGGCACUCGGGAAGCCUGAUGCUGCGGCUCGUUGCGCGACGUACCUCGUUGAAGACCUCGAUAUCGUUACCCGCAGACAAGAGUUGAUAGGGAGGAAGACGAGCCUGAAGAAGGCGAGGAUGGAGCUGAUGAAUGCGUCCCUCGCCGGUGUCGACCUAUCCGCACCAUCGUGAGCCACUGGUAAAAGACUGCCAUCUAACGGUCUCAGUUAUCGAAUCAUGUGUAUUCCGAACUGCACACCUGCCGCAUCACUUGUUUCACCAAUUUACGCAUAUGUAGGGGCCUGCCAUGUCAGAGGCCCCCUCCGUGUGUGAUAUGAGAAGACGUUUUUCACGCCCA